ACGCCCGCGGGUUUAUUCUGUGCCGUUUUCGGUGACGUUCGAUGCGCGCGUGCGCGCAGGACCCUGGCCGUCGUUGAGCGGGAAAAUCGGUGCAAAAUGUCGCACGAAAACGGAACCGACGGCGCCGCGACGCCCGAGAGUCGAGUCGAGUGCGACGAUAAAGCGGAACGAAAUCCUCGACCGGUCGAGGACGCUCGGGUGGGAUCGGACGAUCCGAACGUGAACGAGGAAACAGCAAGUCGAAACAGUGGCGGAACGAGCGUAACCCAAACAUUGGAUCUAAUUAAAGAUCAACAAAUCGCGAAAAAGACGAUCCAGUCGCGUUCGAUAGGCGUCGGGACGCAUUGUGACGCUGAAAAAAAGCCUUCUUGUAGUAAUAAUAAACCGGUGGUGGACGAACAGUUGGCAGCCAGAAGAAGAUCACUGGUACCGAUGAGCAGCAUGGAAGAGGAGAACCUGAGGGAAAGGCUGCGUAUGGCGCAUUUGAGGGGAUGCCAGGAGAUCGUGGCUCAGGAGCAAAAGUUCACGAGGGAGGGUUUCAGGAGAUUGUUCCAGUCCAAGGAUUUAUUGGAGCAACUAUUCAAGCUGUUCGACCAAGACAGGGCGCAGAGUUUACCGCAAGAGAACUGGAUAGAAUUCCUCAAGCAGAGACUCACAAAUGAAAAACAAAUAGACUUUGCGGAACAGCUGGAAAGUGUGGCGUUUUGCCUUUGCGGAGAUGAACCGAUCAGAGUGCCACAAUUCUAUCAAAUAUUUAACGCUAAAGGGAUAAUAGAUAAACUCUUUCGUCUAAUCGACGAGAACAACUUGGGCACCGUCACUUCCGAAGAAAUAAUGGAAUUUUUGGCUACAAUUACUAACCAACGACCCAGGACUGGUUUCGACAAAGGUAGCAUAGACAGACUCGAGCAGUUAUUUCGGCAGACCGUUGGCAAUGAGAAGGAAAUCAGGAGGGAGGAGUUUCAGAAAAUCGUCAUUUCCAAAAACCCAUUCUUCACCGAGAGGGUUUUCCAAAUAUUCGACAAGGACAAUUCAGGGUCCAUUUCGUUGCAAGAAUUCCUCGACUCGAUGCAUCAGUUCGCCGGUCAAACUCCCGACGAUAAAAUAAGAUUUUUAUUCAAAGUAUACGAUUUGGAUGGUGACGGUUUGAUUCAACACAGAGAACUACAGCACGUGAUGCGCGCGUGUAUGGAAGAAAACGGAAUGCAGUUUAGCGAAGAACAGAUCGAAGAUCUGACGGUGGCGAUGUUUGAAGACGCCGACACUAACAGCAGGGGCGCAAUCACUUACGAGGCGCUGAAAAGUCAACUGGAAAAGCACGGAGGAUUAUUGGAAAAUCUAUCAAUCAGUAUAGACCGGUGGUUGGUACCGCCACCACCGAAGUCGUCGUCCGGCUCACUGUUUCGCAGAAUAGUAUCCUACAGGCCGUACUACCUUACCGUUCCAUAUAUAAAAAACAACUACGUAUACUUACUAUUUCUGAGCGCGUUUCUACUAACAAACGUCGCCCUGUUUAUAUCAAGAGCCGUUCAGUACCGCAAAAGCAACUGGUUCACCAUCUUCGCCAGGGCAUGCGGCCAAUGCCUGAACUUCGACUGCAUGUUCAUCCUCGUUCUAAUGCUGCGACGAUGCAUAACGUUCUUAAGAACUCGCGGAUACGGCUCGGUACUACCCUUGGAUCAACACAUCUACUUCCACAAGUUAACCGGAUGGUUGAUAUUCGCGUUCAGCUUGUGGCACUCUAUAAUGCAUACAUUUAACUUUAGUUUGAUAGUGAUCCACGACCCCGUACUAAACAAAAUGAAUUUUACUACUGGCGAAUGGCUUUUUACUAGCAAACCCGGACUCUUCGGUCUAGUACCUGGAUGGGCUAAUCCCACAGGAGUAGCCCUGUUUGUGAUACUCUUGGUAAUGUUUAUCUGUUCCCAAGCUUUCGUACGAAGAGGCGGUUGUUUUGAAAUCUUUUAUUGGACCCAUCUGAUGUACAUCCCGUUUUGGGUGUUGCUUGUAUUGCACGGUCCCAAUUUCUGGAAAUGGUUUACAUUUAUCGGCUUGGUUUACCUAGUGGAACGCGUGUUUCGCGUCGAGUCCACCAUGUCCAAGCGCGGGAAAAGUUACAUCAGCUCGGGACUACUCUUGCCCUCCAAAGUAACUCACUUGGUGAUCAAGAGGCCCAAAGAGUUCGAUUUUCAUCCGGGCGACUACGUAUUCGUUAACAUCCCAGCCAUUGCCAAGUACGAGUGGCAUCCGUUUACCAUCAGUAGCGCUCCAGAGCAGGAAGAUUACAUGUGGCUCCACAUCAGAGGAGUGGGUCAAUGGACCAAUCGCCUCUACGAGUAUUUCGAGAAGGAACAAGAAAAGCUUCACAAUGGCGAAGUAUCGCCCGUCAAGCAACACUGUCACAAAGGGAACGUUCCCAACGGAACGCCGCACUCCACCAACAACCAGACUACCUUCAAGCAGAUCCAAGCGACCGUCACCAGGAGCUGGUCUAGAAGAGAUGCGAACAAAAAAUCUGGAGUGCAGCUUGUCGGGUUCUCCAACGAGACCUUUGAGAAGGAGACCCAAAAGUCUCCGCAAUCGGAGACCGAUUUUGGAAGGCCAUCGUGUAGCACCUCCGAUAUCGCCAGUAGAUCGCGCAAAAUGUCUCCCGAGAAUCGACUGCAGAGGUUGUUGUUCGCAAAGAGGGCGCCACUGGAGAAAUCGUUGUCCAUGCCGGAUAUGCAGAACCACGCCAAGAAGAGAGAACGAAUUUUGGCGUUGAGGGAGUAUAUGAGAUCAGAGUCGGAGAAGAGCUUCGAUCAGUGUCAGAUGAGGAAGGCGCGUUUGAAGUCGUUGGGUUUGGCCUAUCUGAGCCCUCAGAACAAGAGCCUGGCGCAGAGUUUCCGAUACAUGAGGAACAAGCCGACCAUUAUUGCGUUCAAGACACCCAGCUUGGAGAACUGCGAGAAGAGGGAUUCGACCAAUUCGUUUGAAACUAAUGGUCGACCAAUUAGUUAUCAGUCCCCGGAAAGACGAGCCGAGGAGGGCCUUGCAUUGCAACUAUGCAACUUGUCACCUGCGUCGUCACAUCUAAAACCCGUAAACUAUCCCGUGGGUAAACCUUUGGAGAGUUCGAGAAGGAAAUACUUCCUGGACUAUGGUGAAAACGAACUUAAAGUCAGAUUGUCUGACAGCGACGGGACCGAGAUUUACAUCGACGGGCCAUAUGGGGCUCCGUCCAGCCACAUCUUCAGAGCCCAACAUGCGGUUCUUAUAGCCACCGGAAUAGGAGUGACGCCAUUCGCUUCGAUACUCCAAUCCAUCAUGCACAGGUACUGGAAAGCUAGGCACACUUGUCCGAGAUGUAAAUUCUCCUGGGCCAGCGAUAUUCCCGCCUCAAUUAUGAACCUAAGAAAGGUCGACUUUUUCUGGAUCAACAGAGAUCAGCGCACGUUCGAAUGGUUCGUCAAUUUGCUGUCGCAGCUGGAAAUAGAACAGGCCGAACUAGGUGGAGCGAUGGAGAGGUUUCUGGAAAUGCACAUGUACAUCACCAGCGCGCUCCAGAAAACCGACAUGAAGGCUGUCGGAUUGCAAUUGGCGCUGGACUUGCUGCACGAGAAGGAGAAACGAGACUUGAUUACGGGUUUGAAAACAAGGACCAAUGCCGGCAGACCGAACUGGGACAAAGUUUUUAAGCAAAUAGCCGAUCAGAAGAAGGGGAAAGUCACGAUAUUCUACUGCGGUCCUCCUCAGCUGGGAAGGAUUUUGAGGGUUAAGUGCGAUCAGUACGGCUUCAGUUUCAGAAAGGAAAGUUUUUAGAGCCUACCUAGUCAACCGCUGGAAUCCUACGCGAAAUGAUUGAAUUAUUUGUUUUAUAUGUUUAUAACUAUUUUUUUAUUGCCAUCGGUUUUAAUUUUAGAUGGAUAAUUAUGGUUUUGUAAAUCUUUUUGUACAGUUAGUGAAAGUUAAUUGGUAUUGUAAAACAUUGUAUAUAAUUUAUUAUUCGUUUGUUUUGUAUAUACAUUUACA